AUGUCGUUUAUAAACAGCUGGUUUGGCCCUCUCUACGACGCUGUCUUUUGUCCAUCAUUACCACCCACUUUCCGCUGGCGUCUCCUGGCUUUCCAGCCGAUCGUACUACUCUCCAACAUAAUCCAGUAUCUCCCCAGUGUCUUCGCGAAAGGCCGCCGCACUGUCAUCUGGAUCCCUCUCAAGCGAGCGCCGGGCCACUCAGUCCGCGCCAUCGUCUAUCAUCCAAGAACACAAAACCAAUCUGGAUCCAGAGCUCUCCAUCUCAACAUCCACGGCGGCGGAUUCCUAGGCGGACUCCCAGAAGGCCAGACAUCGUUCUGUCAGAAAGUCGCCCACGAAACCGGAGCGAUUGUCGUAUCUACUUCCCACCGAUAUGCACCGCGCUACACCUUCCCAACCGCGCACGAAGACGUCCAGGACGUUGCGGAGUGGUUGAUCGAGAACGCCGAGCGGCUUUGGGGCGCGAAUCCGAGAUCGAUGAGCGUGAGCGGAUUCUCUGCAGGCGGGAAUCUCGCAUUGGGCGUUGCGCAGGGGCUGGCGCAUACGGAGUUUAGUAUCAAGGCGUCAGUGACGUUCUAUGCACCGAUUGAUCUGCGGCUCCCACCGUGGGAGAAACCUCGGCCCGCUGGGUUCCCCGAGAAAGACCCCCUGGCCUUCUUGCAGCCGCUGAUGGACGCGUAUGCAGGACCAGGACGGGAGAAGAACCUGACUAAUCCGCUACUUCAUCCUAUCCUGGCGGAUAUUGAGUGCCUGCCCCGGAAUAUGAUGUUCGUGGUUCCCAAAAUGGAUAUUCUGCUGCAUGAGCAGACUGUGUUCGUGGAGAGGUUGAAAGAGGAGGCUGCGGCCAUCAAUCGCGGGUUGGCUGAGGACUCGUCCGAGUCGCAAUUGCAACCGUAUCGCAUUGAGAGUAGGUUCGAUGAGGGUCAGAUACAUGGGUGGUUGGAAAUUCCGUCAAUAUUUAUCGACGCGAAGCUCAGGGACCAGAUAUUCGAGGAGGCGGUGCAAUUCUUGAAUGAUGUCUACACUCCUUACAGAUAG